UUAGGCAAUAUGUCUGCUGGUGUAAAUUAAAGACCGGUUGUACGAGAAAUCACCAACAAGAAGCCAUGGUUCGUGGCCCAGGCCGGGUAAAGGGCGGUAAAGGUAAACGAUGGAAGAAAGGACAGAGCAGUAGCACCAAUCCGGUGACGAGGAGUCACAGACAAGUAGCAAGAAGUGGUUUCUUUCACCAGAGAACAGGUGAGAGUGGUUUGACAGAGAGGGCGCUACAGCACCAUAAUCAGAGUCUCUUAGACAGUGAUGGAGAUGCAAUCAUCCAAGAUGGCGACCACGAGACGGUCAGCGUGGGAAGUUAUCGAAGCUUCAUGAGUGGAUUAAGUGACUGCACGAACCCAACAUUUGACAAAGUUAAACAAUUGUGGGAUAACAAUUCCGCAAGUCAUAAAGAGAUAUGUGCUGUGUUAGCUGCUGUUACAGAGGUCAUCAGAUCACAAGGUGGACAAGAAACAGAAACAGAAUAUUUUGCAGCUCUCGUAAGUUCAAGAACAUCUACGCUAUCAUGUCUGGCAAACCUCUUGCGUGUACAAGAACCAGUCAUCUGGGCUGAACCAUCUACUUUGCACUCUUAUCAUGCCAUUCUUAGUUUCACUAUUCAUCCGAAACCAAAGGUUAGGAAAGCAGCGCAACAUGCUGUGUGUGCUGUACUGAAAGGAAGUGCUUUCAUGACACAUGGUGCUGCUCCACCGUAUCACCCGGCCGCUUCCUCUACAGCCAAAUUCUGCAUACAACAGAUUGAAGAAACUGGAGGGGCAGGUGAACCAAGAGCUACUCUCCAUGUACUUGGAUUAUUGAAGGACAUCUUGGGUGUAUUCCCACAAACUAGUUUAAGAGCGACGUGCGAGACCCUCCUUCGUGUUAUGACACUUAGUAACGUGUUAAUAACAUCAUGUGCGAUGCAGGCUCUUCACGGUAUGUUUAUGUCAAAACCAAAAUCAAGUAGUCUACCAGCUGACUUGAAUGCGCAGUUAAUAAACGCACUGUACGACUACCAGCCCAACGAGAACGACGUCCAACCUAUCUUGGCAUGGUUAGCUGUUAUGCAGACAGCACUCUGUAAUUUGCAGAGACUGGACGAGAGACUGUGCGUUAGUCACUUACCUCGAUUGUUCACUUCAGCCAUGAAGUGUUUGGCAUCUGAGAAAAUAGAAAUAACUAAAGCCGCAUCACAUACUUUGAAGGAGUUGUUGAACGAGUGUGUCAAACCCGCCGCUGGGCGACUGGAAGCUGAAGUCAAGAGUUCCCCGCCUGGUUCACCGACUGCUGCAUAUAAAAUGUUCAAAUCUGUAGAGAAUGGACUGGGUUACAAGUACCAUGCAUCGUGGGGUUUAGUGCUGCAGACACUCGGAGUAUUCUUUCAGGUUUUUGGCAGACACUGUCCACCGAUGUUGAAGAAAUGUCUGCAGUCAAUGGCUGAUUUACGAAGUACGCAUCAUUUUCUGUAUAUCUAUGAUUUAGAUAAAGCUGUGGGAAUGGCCAUUAGAUCCAUGGGACCCAAGGAAGUACUGAAUGCUAUACCCCUACAGAUUACUGGAGAUGAAGACAAUUACAGUUUUCCAAGGAGUUGGCUCCUGCCAGUACUUAGAGACAAUAUAAGAGAGACAGAAUUACAAUUCUUUAUCCAGUUUUUCCUACCACUUGCUGCAAAACUCAAGAAAAAAUCUUUGGAACAUGAACAAAGUGGUCGUAUGAUUGAGAGCAAAACAUACAAUAUUCUACAAUCACAGAUAUGGUCACUGUUACCCGGUUUUUGUAAUAGUCCAACUGAUCUCUGUCAGUCAUUUAAAAACAUCGCUCGUAUCAUGGGGACUGUGUUGAAUGAAAGACCUGAUCUCAGAUCGGAUGUCUGUGCAGCCCUCAGACUGCUGGUCAAUAAAAAUAUCAACAAUGAUAAAAACAAAAAUGAGAUGAAGAAGUAUUCAAAGAAUUUUUUGCCAAUUUUAUUCAACAUUUACACCACAGUUGACGCCACAAAGCUGGACACAACAAGAUUUACAGUAUUAGAAACCAUUAAAGUUUACCUCAUAAUAUCCGACACUAAGUUGGUUAAUGGUUUUCUGGAUAAAACGUGUGAUAAGCUAAUCAAUGAUGAGGUGACGUCAUUGGUAAAACAUGCUGUAAUGGAUCUGUGCAUUGGUAUGGUGCCAUAUAUAGACAUUGAGAAGCUUAACAAAGUCUAUAAAACCAUAGUUCCACUACUCACAAGCAAAGACAAAACUUUACAGAAAAAAUCAUAUCGUAUUUUGGAGGAAAUAUGCGUGAGCUCGUCAGAAGCAAGUCAGAAGUUUGUUGAAGAGAAUUUAUGCGACUUACAGAAGACAUUACUAAGUUCUCUAUCCAGUUCAGCAUCAUCAUCCAAGGCACCCAGACUACGAUGCUUGAUUUACAUUGUAAAGCGGUUACCAGACGAGAAUUCACAGUUUGUUGACGAUAUUGUGAGUGAAGUCAUACUGUGUACAAAAGAGAUCGGUAUCAAAGCCAGACAAGCUGCAUUUAGUUUAUUAGUUGAAAUGGGUAACGCAAUUAUUAGAAUAAAUCAAGACAAGAAGAGCAAAGCAGAAUGUGUUGGUGUUUAUAUAGAAAUGAUUGCUAUUGGUUUAGUUGGCUCUACCACAAUGACGAGUGCGACUGUACUGGCGCUAACACGACUGCUCUAUGAAUACAAAGAUCUUAUUCCUAGUGGCAUAUUGGCUGAGCUGAUUGAGAAUGUGUGCAUACUAUUGAAAUCUCGUAAUAGGGAAGUCGUCAAGUCUGCGCUUGGAUUUGUGAAAGUUCUCAUUAUAGUUAUGAGUGAUGUUGCUCUUGCUCAGCAUCUAGAAAAACUGAUAAAUAGUAUGGUGACGUGGAGCAGUGACAGCAAACAUCAUUUUCGGUUCAAGGUCAAAAAUCUUUUUGGAAAAUUGAUGAAAAAAUUUGGAGCUGGAAUCGUCUUUAAAAUGGUUCCAGAGAGUUAUCACAAAAUGUUGAGAAACACGCAAAAGAUACGUGAAAGAGAGAAGAAAAGACGAUCCAUUCAUGAAGCUGUGAAUGCUCCUGAUGAUGACAGGCCCACAUCAGAAACUCCCCAUGCUAAAAUAGAAAGUAUUGAAGACUUACUGAGAGAUACAGACUCUGAGGAUGAGGAACCAGAGAAAGAAAAGCCGCAAUCAAAAAAGAAAAAACAAGCUAUGAAGAAACAACAGAAUGCUGCAUGGUUACAAGAAGAUGCUGAACAGGAGCCGCUAGAUUUCCUGGACCCCGGAGUAUCAAAGAAAGUUCUAGCAACAAAACCUGUCGCACAAGUUGUUGAUGAAAAAUCGACUGGGGUGAAACAUGAUUUCAAGACAUCAUCUGACGGUAGAUUGAUUAUCACCCUGGAUGAGGAGGAAGGGGAUGAAGGAAAACAAACAAAGAGAAAGAGGAAACCAAAAGAUGAAGUAGAUGAACUAGACGAACUGAUGGAUGAAACAAGUCAAAGCAAGCCAAGUCGUAAACGUAAACUAGAGGAUAACUCUGAUGAUGAGCUCCCAGUGAAAUAUAAAGCUGGUGGUGGUGGUAUUCAUCGACCAAUGAAGUCCGCUAAAAGGCGAGGAGAUUUGACCAGUGGUGUAGACUUCAAGGCAAAGAAAGCAGGCGGUGACAUGAAGAAAAAAGGCAAACCAGAUCCAUAUGCAUAUAUACCAUUGGAUUUCAAACAGUUAAACAGAAGGAAAAAGGCCAAGUCAGCGGGUCAGUGGAAAUCUAUAGUCCAUGCUGCUAAACGGGGUGCUAAUAAAGGAAUGAAAAUAAAAGGACAGAAACGAAAAGGAAAAAAAUGAACCCCGAGAAUGGAUACCAUAACUUUUUUGAAAGUAUCAUAACUCACUGUAAAUAUGUGAUCGACAUGGACUCUAUUGCAUUCAUUUAAUUCAAAUUAAAAUGUAAUCUGUGGAUUAACUUAUUUUUAGCUACAAUCUGAUUUACUUGAUUAUGCUAAGAGAGUUAAAUCAACUUUAAUAAAAGCUUGUUA